AUGGGCAUUAUUAGAGGCAAGAGUUUCUCAGUGAAUGUGAUUGAGAAAGUAGUGGUGCAUGCAGAUGAACCAUGCAAUGACCACUGGUUACCCUUUACCAACCUAGACUUGCUUGUGCCUCCUUUUGAUGUUGGCUCUUUCUUUUGCUAUAAGAAACCCUCACAUGGCAGUUUUGCUACCAUACUAGACGCCCUCAAAGACUCCUUAUCUCGAGCACUUGCACUCUACUACCCCCUUGCCGGCGAGAUCCUAUGGAAUGCGGCUUCGGGAGAGAACCAAAUUCGCUGCAACAACCGAGGAGUUGACUUCACUGAAGCUGUAGCAGACGUGGAGCUCAAGGAACUCAAUUUGUAUAAUCCAGAUGAGUGUAUUGAGGGUAGAUUAAUGCCCAAGAAGCUACAUGGGCUGCUUGCCAUCCAGGUUACUGAAUUAAAAUGUGGAGGCAUAGUGAUAGGGUGUAUGUUUGAUCAUCGGGCCGCUGACGGGUACUCAGCCAACAUGUUCAUCUCAACAUGGGCAGAAAUAACUCGAUCCGAACCACCAUCUAUGUUACCCUCUUUUCAAAGGUCCAUCCUCAAACCUAGGUGCCCAACCACUUAUUCACCAUCAAUUGGCAAUGUGUUUGCUCUAUUUGAACCACCAACUAAUCCUGAGCAUGACCACAACAAUGAAAACGGUGAUCAUAUGCUCAUUAACCGCGUAUACUACAUUGAGGGCGAGCAACUUGAUAGGGUACAACUAUUGGCGAGUGAAAAUGGGCAGAAGAGGUCGAAGCUUGAGGCUUUCACUUCUUUUUUGUGGAAGAUUGUUGCUUUGAGCAUGGAAGAUUCGGAUGAUUGUAACAAGAUGUGUAAUGUGGCUCUUGCGGUUGAUGGAAGGAGUAGGUUGAGUCAGGGAGAUGGAGAAGAGAAAGAAAAACUAAUGGUUUCUCAUUUUGGAAACGUUUUGUCGAUGCCAUCCGGGUCCAAAAGAUCAAAGGAAUUGAAGGAGAUGUCAUUGAGUAGCAUAGCUACAGAAGUUCAUGAUUUCUUACAGACGGCCACUACGAAAGACCAUUUUUUGGACCUAAUAGACUGGGUGGAAGAGCGUCGCUUAAAGCCUCUAGUAGCAAUAGCAUUUGCCAGCAAAGAAAUGUCGGUGAUGGUGUCAUCGGGAACAAGGUUCCACAUCAUGGACAAGAUGGAUUUCGGGUGGGGUAAGGUGGUGUUUGGAUCAUGUCAUGUACCAUCUGACAGGACUGAUUGUUACGUAAUGACAUUACCUAGUCCGACCAACAACAACGAUUGGAUUGUGUACAUGCAUUUGCCAAUGAAACACAUGAACUACAUCGAGUCACAUGCAAGUCACAUGUUCAAGCCCUUGAAUGCUGAUUAUCUCAAGAUCUAACACAUGUUAUAUUGUU